AAGUAUAAACGCAAAUAAUGAUUCUUUGUUCAUUGCUAAAGAAAAUGCUUAUAAUGAAGUAGAAAAACAUGGAGGGUUGCUUAAGUAUUGGUCUGGUGAAUUUAAUCAAAAUCAAGAAUGUCUUUCAAUGUACAUUUGGGCAAGUAGAGAUAAUGCAUUUGAAGUAAGUAAAAAACCUCUGCAUACAAUUGCAAAAAAGUUGGCUACUGAAUCGAAUUAUGAAUUCUAUGCCUUAGAGAAGUACAUAUUGAAGAAGGAAAAGAAUGAGACUAAGAUGAAAAUAAUUCAAAUAACAUCUAUUUAA